CGCCCUCCCUCCUGGGGAGCUCCCACCUCCGCUCCAGCUUCGCUGAGGUACCUCAAGCCAGGAUUCGUUUUCUUGGGACCCGCUCUCCGCUCCAGCUCCUGCACGGACUGUCAGUCCCGGCCAGGGAUCGCCAUGGCUUCCCUCUUGUGUUGCGGGCCCAAGCUGGCCGCCUGCGGCAUCGUCCUCAGCGCCUGGGGGGUGAUCAUGUUGGUCCUUCUUGGAAUUUUCUUCAAUGUCCAUUCUGCUGUGCUAAUCGAGGAUGUACCUUUUACUGAGAGCGAUUUUACCGAGACUGGUGUUCGGAAGAUCUAUGAACUGUAUGAACAAGUGAGCUACAACUGCUUCAUUGCUGCUGGCCUGUAUCUUCUCCUCGGGGGCUUCUCGUUCUGCCAAGUCCGGCUCAACAAGCGCAAAGAAUACAUGGUCCGUUAGGAUCCUCCAUUCCAUUCCGCUCCCGAGGAUCUGGGGGUCCCCCUAACCCCUCACCCCAUGUCUCUUAUUUAAAUUCCCUCCUCUUCACCUUCCCCUUAAGUCUUGGGGCCCCUCCAUUUCUUUCCCGUUAGGCGCUGAGGGUGUCGCGGGCUCCCCCGGGGAGUGGAUGGGCGGGUGGGGGAAGAAGGGCUUCAGUUAGCCCUUUCGCUCGGUCCUUUCACCCCUCCUGCGUGGGGGUGGCUCCACCUUCCCCUUCCUAGCCCCCGGGCCGUCUCUGCUAGUGACAAUAAAGCGAAGGUGUUCUCUGCGG